AUGCACUUUUCAUUGUUUGUCAUCGUUUGCGUUAUUGGGCAGAUUUACAGUAUGACUACUAUACCUCCUUCUCAUCGUCCUCAUGUCCACGAAUCAAACGAGUUUGAUCAGGCUCUCUUCUACUAUGACGCCCUUUCGCAUCAAAUGGUUAUGAAACGCGGAAAUCAUUGCUAUGUUGAGAAGCUGAGAAAUAUCCAAAGGCCCCUGGUGCACACAACGGACGGUCUUAUGCAACUCGAGAAUAAUUUGAUGUUUCUCGUAGCCAAAGGCAACCAUACAUUGAUGAGCCAUGGUGAUGUAUUAGCGUCAAGUGUGCACGUGGAACACAUGUGCGCAGGUCUAGAUGUAUACAAGGUUUCGAUUGCUCAUCACCAUCAUACUACAACAAUGUCUCCAAUUGUUUAA